UGCCGUAACUUGCGCGCGGCCCGCAACCCCACGCAAAUCGUUUCUUCUUCUUUCCUUCUUCCUUAUUUCAUCGUUUCCCAAUCCUCGUCUCGAAGACACAAAUCGUUCUUUUCGUUCGCGUUCGUCUCUGAAGAAGCGUCACAGUAUUUUUUUUUUUUUUUUUUAAGAAAGAAGAAGUCAGAUUCAUUUGUUUACUCAUUCCUCGCGAGCAAAAAGGAAACAUUCGUACAGAAGGUGAUGCAAUUAUAAAGAUUUUAAACGUGGCGAGGUAUGAGACCGACAAUGAGUGAAAAAUUACAAGGGGAUACUCAGUAAUGAGCGUUUAAUUGAUGGAAAUGAAUGGUUAGAAGGAAUCGAGUUUUCCAAUAGCGAUGAAGUGUUAAGGAGUUUGAGGAAGUUUGAUCGAACUCGUCACUUGGUGGGAGAUUGCUUCUCUGAAAUUGAGAACGAACUGGAUGGAAAUCGACAUUCUCAGGACGAUAAGGGACUGUUGAAGACGAUUGAUGACGGAGCAGUGUCUGGAGAAGCCAUGUUUGAGGCAGGAGAUCCUUGUUUGAGGAAGAAACGCUCGGCACAGAUGGCUCGGGACAGAGACGUUAACGCAGAAGGAACUUGAAGGGCGGAUUAAAAUUGGAUUUCUCCCCCGAUAACGUCGCGCGAUGAGGAUUUCCAGAUACCUCGACGCUUGUCUCUUCGACGACUUCCGGCUCUGAACGGAGGAAGAGCAAUCACGGAACGAAUUCUCGAUGAAAAUCGAACGAAAUUCCCAAACUUCUCUAAAAUGCGUCUUCUCCGAAGACUCGUCGCAUUUGAGAAGAUACUAAAUGGGAGAUUUAGACGCAACCGAUUGUGAGAAUGAAAACAUAAAAAUCGACUCGAAGAUCUCUCGUGUUCUCUGCUCGAAGAAGAAGGAAGCAAUCGUUUUCGAUAGAAAAUCUCCUCUCGAGAUUCUCUUUUCAACUCGAGCACGAGUAUUUCGGUUUGACUCGGUUUGGGGGAGUUUGGAGGUCGGUUCGUCUAAAGAUAGGAGUUCGAAGGUCUUCGCGUAGGAAUUUGCGAACCGUUUGAGGAAGUCGGGCCAGGUUUGAAGAAUUGAAAAACGAAGAAAAUCAAACUCACGAUAAAUAGGAACAUCGGAUAGAACGUCGGAUGUAAUGAUAUAACGAUCCAUCCAUGACGAAUUUAAUCGUGUCUGGUUAAAUUAAUUUAAUGUGAAAGAUCGGCAGAGACGAUGAUGAACGAAGUGUGUAAAGGCGAGUGCCAGAGGGAAUGCAAAGUAGACGCGAGAAACGACGCGAGGGAGGGAAAACGUUGAAAGGAAUAUUCUAAUUGGCGUUGGCCACUUUUGGAGAAGUGCGUCGAAGUGGAACGCGAGGAAAAAGCCGGGCCGCGUUCAACGUUGCCUGAAUUGCGCCUACUUUGACUUCGAGGAUCCACAUCGGAUAUAAAAGAAGAAGUUAUCGAAACGUUUCGAAGGGUUUCUCGUUACCAACGAAUAACGCCACCUUUUAUGCACCGUCCGCGUCCACGUUCGUACAAAAACAUCACGUAGCCACCUCGAGUGACCUUUUCUUCGAUCGACGAUCGACGCCCCUCGAAAUUGAAAAUCGAAUCGUGGAAAAGUACUAGCAGGAGGCACGCCUGAAAAUGUACGAGACGAUUUGUAGCGAGUAAUAAAAAAAAAAUGAGUGGACUUUCUGAGAAGCAGCUUUGAACGAUCAUCUGGGAGAUAUUAAAAAAGACUGGAGCGGCGAAGAUUGUUGGUGGCAAGGGGUCAGCAUGGCAGUCGACAAUCCCUCGUAUUUCUCGCUGUCGAGCGGGACGGUGACGACGUCGCCGUCGACGACGCCUACGUCGACAACGAGCGUCGCGUUCUCGCCACCGUCGAAAGGAUCGACAGGGUUGACCGCCCUGUUUCGCCGACGUCCCUGCAAAAUGGGCACCACCUCGUCGGCCAGCGUGCUCUCAACGUCCACGACGAGCACUCUGAUCCCACACGAGAACAACAGAAGCAGCACCUCGGGCGCGUCCACGCCCACGGAAGAGAAGAUGCCGAUGCUGUCGAGAAACGGGACCGGCCACAGCCCUCACGCAGCCUCUGUCAACCAGAGGAGGAGCUUCAGAAAUCUCUUCAGAUCCGUCAGCGCGAACGCGGACAACGAAAGGACGCAGCAGUUCUUGAAGGGAGAUCCGCGACCUUCGGACGUUGCGCCACCCUCGCCGUAUCUGCCCCGAUCGCACUCGCAUUCUGAAAACGACAAAAGGCAUCCAGGUCGAAGUAGAGCAGUGCUGAAAUCCGCCAGCGAACUUCUGUCCAAUGACAUGGUGUAUUGCGGAUUGGCCAGAGAUAAUCACGAUCGUCACGACGAUGACGGCGAUGACGACGAUCGAGAUUCGAACGAAGUCUUCGUUGGUGUUGACGAUGCUAGGUACUACAAUCUCUCGUCCACGUUGCCAGCAGCAGGAUCAGCAACAGCUAGUCGAAGGAGACACUCGAUCAGCACCUUCAUAGGCAAAGAUCGAGGCCCCUCGAGCAAAGACGUCCCCAAAAGACAACCGCAAAAUCCCACAGUUCUCGUCGAGCCUAAUACAAUGGCUCCGCCAGCGCCUGUAGAUACCGUAGAUGGUGUUGUCCAAGCGGAAGACCGGAAGCCGAGGUCUUGCAGCAGAUCCAGACGUAGAAGGCAUCGCAGUUCUUCGAGCAGGGGAUCCCGUUCAGCGACCGGGCUGUCGAAGAUCGACACACACCCGGAGGAUGAUGUGCUGUUCGUGUCGAGCAAGGACAGCGAAAUCUCGGGCCUGUGGGUCAAUUAUCUCACUGCGUGUUUCGAACAGAUCAGCAGGCAACAGGGCCGGCCGCCGUUCAAAGUUCGUCACGUAACAAUCGAAGAGCCGAUGCAACCUGGCGCCGAAGAGAGGAUUCGAUCGGCUCGCUUGCAGAUCGUCGUCGUGUGUCCGAUAUUGUUGGAACGGGCGCAAAGUCGACCGGAGCAGGCGACCAACCUCUCCAGACAGUUGAUCACCGACAAGGUGCUCGCGAUGAUGCUCGGCGUCCACGACAGCCACAUCAGCGACGUGCACAAGUCGAUCCUGGUCUCGUACAACCAGUGGCGGAAGUUCUUCGUGAAGGACCAGGACGAGACGUUCGUCGGCGAGUUGCUGGGCGCCGCGGUUGGAAUCCUCGGCACAACGCCGCCGCCUGCGUUGAGGUGCGACAAAACCGCGUUCUCCGUGCACCCGAAGAAAGUAAAACUGGGUCACAAUAGGAUAAUCGCGCUGUUGAACGACCCGCUACGACCCGAGGACAACGUGUCGGUGAUCGUGGAUCGUUGCGGCGAAGCGAUCGACAUCGCUCACGUGAAACGAAGAAAUCCGUACGCGUUGCAGUUCUCCAUUCCCGACAGAUGCUUAGAGGUGUCGAUGUUGGUCGGUGUUCGUAUAUCGAAAAACGGUUGUCCACUUGGCGUGAGGCAAGUGAAAUGCGAGAGCAGGCUCAGGGAACUCGAUCAGAUCCUCAGAGCACACGACAAUCCCUUAGAAUUCAUGUGCCAGACCUUUGGCUUCAAUCCGGGUGACCGAGAGAAACUGGAUAACUGGAUGGUCCACGCGUUCCAACGAAACGUUCCACCGCACUUUAAUCUUCUGUCCACGCCCAGUGGCGUAGUGUCUACUCAGAAAGUACACUCGAGAAGGCUGGUUGGCCCCGAGGAGAAUCCGACACUGUUGCAUUUCGCCGCUCGUUUCGGCCUGGAGAGAUUAGCCUGGCAGCUGCUGGAGUGUCCAGGCGGUGACAUAGCGUGCGAUCUGAGGAACGUGUCGGAACUCACACCUGCGGAUCUUGCAGAGCAGGCGGGACACGCGAGACUGGCGCAUCAGCUUCGUGGCUACAUGCAAAUGAACGAGUUCACCAACAUGUACAGCUACUUGAAAGUGAUUAGCGAGACCACCACAGAUCAAGCGGCAAGUGCGGACCCAUCGACGACUAACACAGUAAACGACACCAAUAACGACAAGGAGGAUUAUUGUCGUCCACGACCUUUGAGCGAAGCUUACUCGGUGCCACCGGCUGCAAGACCAAUAACUUCCUUGAUCCUACCAGGACAAUUUCCAGUAACACCCAGCCCAACCACUACCACCAAUAAUCCCAUUGAGGCAAAUUAUUCGAUCGUACCAGCGCCGACUCCUGUCAUCGUCAGUCCAUCGACACCAACGUCUGCGACGACUAUUUCGAACGGCCUUGAGCUCCCUCUUCAAGGUUACAUGAAAAUGCAUCCAGCUGGGCCAAGAACACCAACAUCGAACGUAGUAAACCAGCAGCCACCCCGAACAGCGACGCCCACGCAGAGUCGUUCAGAUUCACACCCUAUGCUCGCUCGAGAAGAGAACAGUCAGUCUUCCUGCUCCUAUGGCAGAGCAACUUUCAAUUCUGGCAGCAGUACGAAGUCGAGGGAACCGUCUGGGCCUCAGGACGAGUUGCUGGAAAUCAUAAACGAUUUCAAGAACAACGUGUUCACGAUAACGGAGGUCGAGAGACUGGUCGAGAACUGGAGGAAUCGCAACGACGUCCAGCAGAGCUUUAAAGACAAACAGAGGCAACUCACGGCGAUGAGAGAAGAGUACGAAAGGAUACAGAAGAGAAUGAAAGAGGAAAUGAAGGCCCCCACUCCUUUUGACAGAAUCAAAAAGUUCUUCUCUAAAGGAAAGAAAGAUACGAAGGACUCUACGAACGGAAGUGACGAUUCUUCUUCGACCAGCAAGGCGGAGAAUGUUAAUGGCGCACUGGCCGAUCGUAGACCAGUUAGCAGCCUGAGUCUUCGUAGUGUUUCAAGCUCGUCUUCGUCCGGUAGAAUGAGUACUGCCAGCGGAUGCAGCGGGACCAGUUUAGGCGACAGUGGCACUCACUCUGACACUGAGGAUCGACGACUGCAAAAUGCCAAAGAGGACAAAUCGGGCGUAAUGUCGUACGAAAUACCGCCGGCUCCCAAACCAUUCACAGGAAGGUAUUCCCCGGCGCUUAGGUAUUCCCCAUCUGCUCGUUCCUCGACUGGAAACGAUCCAGACUUGAGACCGUCUCAGCCGUCGUUAAGAGGCGAGGACACUGAAUAUUACAUCGCCUUCCCACCUUCGGGAUUACCCAUUCACUCUUUCAAGACAGAGGCCUCUUUGAAGGAACCAAAAACUCCAAGCUCCCCGUGCGACCAUCCAAAGUACCUGGACAUGAUUCAAAAUUCGUUGCCAGUGACCACCUCAGAUUCAGACUCUUCCAGACGUCCUGGCAACAGUUACGCAAACAUCGACCCGUCUGUGCUAAAUCCAGCGCCAGUACCGCCGGCUGGCAUGUGCAUUCCAACAAAUUACGUGAACGUGAUUCCAGCGUGCGUCACCUCGUUUCAAGAAGCUAUUCAACGUCAGCAGACCGAGCAAAGGCAUUCACUUGACUUGAGCCAUGCGUCUGAGGCCUCGAAGAACUCGACGAAGGUCGAGACUGCCAAUCAAACAGGGGAAAACAAAGUCGCUGAUAACGUACAGGGUCAAGGUCAUAUCGUGAAUGAAGCACAAAGUCCAAAUAACGAGGAAUACGUGGAAACGGACCUGAUGAAUGAUUCAGAAGGCGUGGACGUGCUAGAUACUGGUAAACUACCAGAAUACAUGAACGUCGAUAUUCCUCAGGAUCAAAAAACUGGCGCCACGAAGAAGAUGCCUGCACCUCCUGUUCCACCAAGAGUCGUUACAAAGAAAUAGAAGAAGAACGAUCACUAUAAAUGGAAUAGAAAAGAAGCUGCUUCUUUUCUUAGAAAUUUUAACAAGUGGAUCGUUCGAAAACAAUGCUCUCAACGAACGUUCCCCGAACAUAAUAUCAAGUACUCGACGUCAGUGUUCUUCGUAAUCGUUAGUAUUAGUAGCGUAUUUAAAUGUACAUUGUUCCAUGUGUUUUCUGUGUACAUUACCUCUGUUCUUUUUUCUUUGUUUCCCUUUAUUCGAAUACUCGAUGAGACGUAACUUGAUCUGCAAUUCUUUUUAAGCUAUUGUACUAUUGUUUAAGUGCGUUUAUUGGUCGUUAUUAUUUUAAAACUGUCUCGCGAGUGCGCUGCGAGAAUAAAAUAAAACACAUGUAUAAUUAGCUGUUAAUUGUAAUUUGACAUUUCCAUGAAUUUAUAAGAUUAGUGAGAAAUUUAGGGAUCUCGAGAUUUCAUUAAAAUCAAUCUUGAGUUUCCCGAGUUGGAGCCAAUGAGAGAAUUGUUUUAUCAUUUUUUCUUUUUCUUUCUCCAAUUUCGAAUUUUAUGACUUAACUAAUAAGUAUUCGAGGCUUUCUAAUUAUGCCACUAAGUUGUAUAUUAAUUAAUUAAUCGAUACUCGGAUCUCGAGCCAUCGAUGAAUACAAUGCUAGCGAGCGCCAAAUCAAAUUUUCAUCUUUUGGCGGAAAGCCAAAAUCAUAAUUUGUACAUACUGUCCUCUGUUCUAAUAUUCUAUUAUUAUUAUUAUUAUUAUUGUUAUUAUUAUUAUUAUUAUUAUUGUAAUUAGUUAUCUGUAUCAACCGUUAAGAUUAAGUUAAAUCAAUUUAGUGCGGCAAUUGUUAAGAAGUUAACAGUUAAGAAGAAAUGUGAAUGACGCCAAAGACUGCGUUAAGAAAAUUACGGCGUCGCCUAAUUAUUUUCUCAUGCACCAGACAUUGUAAUCAUUCUCUAACGUAAACGACACUCUGUACAGGCGUCGGAACUCCAAACAUCUUUAUAAAAUCGACGACGAAAUGCGUUUUUCAAGUACCAAGGAUGCAUUUAUCGUUCUAAUUGUAAUAGCCUAGAGCAACAAUAUUUUACAAAAUGACUUUUUUUUAUUUUUACCAGUAGAGGCACUGCUAUGGUCUUUUUUUUAUAUUUAUGUUUACACCAAUAAAGCUGAAAACAAUA